GGCGGCGGUUUGCUGCUGUUACCCACACAGACACAUCACAAUCUGCAGCUCGAUAAAAUUUCCGUGCGCUCGAUUAGUUCCGAGGAUAUAUCCAAUGGCGGCAGCGGCAGAUGCUGCAGUGCCGCAGCACGGAAUCCGGCCAUAAAAACGGGACGACGCCUGCAGCUGAUGCAGAUGAUAAUUCUACCAUUUAUACCAAUAUUGGCAUUGAUUGUGCAAACAUCGCUAACACUGCAGGAGAUAUUGGAGUACCGGGCCGAUGUUGCAGACAUUGAGACGCAGGUGACAAUUGCAACGGACUUGGGUAAAGUUGUCACACGACUGCAGCUGGAACGUUCCGAGGUGGCCUUCUAUAUCUUCACCAACGGCAGCAAGCAGCGGGCGAAUCUGACCCAACGCUUUGCCAACACGGAUCACGCGCUGAACAACAUGACCACUUGGAGCGAGAUAAGUGUGCCAACGGCGCCGGAUGAGGACGAGGACGACAGGGAGGUCAUGUUGAAUCGCAACGAGUUUCAGAGUCGCCUCAAUGAGUUCCGGGAACGUGUGCGCCUGGAGCCGGAGGAUAGCUCCAUUACCGAAGUGAUGAACUGGUAUACGUCCAUCAAUCGAGGCCUGCUCCACCAUCUGAACGAGCAGAUCAAAGAGACGGACAGCAGCGGUGUCUGGCGUUAUCUGGUGGGCUUCAAGAAUCUGCUAAAGAGCAUCGAGUGCCAGAAUAUAGCCACCUCCUUCGGCAUACGCUACUACGGACGCGGGCCGCUCACCGCCGAGAAUUUUGUGUCCUAUGUGCGUUAUGAGUUUAUGGCCCGCGAGUUGAUCAACUCCACGCUCAACUACGCGCCCAUGCUGAAGCCCAUGUACACGGACAUAACCAACACAAAGAAAUUUCACCGCGUCAAGCUCAUGAGCAAUAUGGUGCUUAAGAAUAAGCCAAAUAUAUCUGACGAGCGCAGCGCAAUUGAAUACAAUGAAUUUAUGCACAACUACACGGACGAUCUGCGCAUACUGCAAAAGGCGCUGCGACGUCUAAUUAAAGAAUAUGUGGACAAAACUCUGAUGGAGGCGGAUCACAAGGAGGCCAUCGGCAUAGCCAUACUAGUUGUUGUGCUGCUAGUAUCGCCAAUUAUUAUUAUACUAGUCAGGAAUGCGGCAGCAACUAUACAGCUAUAUGCCAUGAAUCUAUCCAUAAAAGCCAAGGAACUGAAGCGCGAGAAACGAAAAAGUGAUUCGCUGCUCUUUCAAAUGCUGCCGCCCAGUGUGGCCAUGCAGCUGAAGCAGACGCAACAGGUGCCCGCUGAGCUGUAUGAGGCUGUAACCAUUUACUUUAGCGAUAUUGUGGGCUUCACCGAAAUUGCGGCCGAGUGCACACCGCUGGAGGUCGUGACCUUUCUGAAUUCAAUCUAUCGUGUAUUUGACGAACGCAUCGAAUGCUAUGAUGUCUACAAAGUGGAAACCAUUGGCGACUCCUAUAUGGUUGCCUCGGGCCUGCCCGUGAAAAACGGCAACCAGCACAUCAGCGAGAUUGCAACAAUGGCACUUGAUUUGCUGGACGCCUCGUCUGUAUUCAGAAUUCCACGCGCCGGCGAUGAGUUUGUGCAGAUACGCUGCGGCGUUCACACCGGACCCGUGGUGGCUGGCAUUGUGGGCACCAAGAUGCCACGAUAUUGUCUAUUCGGUGACACUGUGAAUACCGCAUCGCGCAUGGAGAGCACCGGCGAGGCACAGAAGAUACAUAUCACCGAGGAGAUGCACGAGGCAUUGGAGCAGGUGGGCGGUUUCAAGACCGAGCAUCGCGGUCUCAUCGAUGUCAAGGGCAAGGGACUGAUGAGCACCUAUUGGCUGACCUGCAAGGAUGGGCCGGUGCGUGCGCGUGAGGAGAUAUCCUGGUGUGCCGACAUGCAGCCCGUUUUUCUGGAUCAUCUAAAGCUGCAUCCGCCCUCAAACUACAAGCUGCCCAAACGUAAAUGAGCUACACACAAGCGACAAGCAACAAGCGACAAUUUCCAAAUCAGCAAAAUUACUACUCUUAUCCACCCCUCUAUACAUAUAUAUACAUAGAUAUAUAUAUAUAUAUAUAC